CAUUAAGUCGAACGCUACUUGUAUGUGACAACGAAAAUCUUAACGAGACAACAACUCCACUGACAUGACGCUUCUAAAAGAGUCUACAAAAUUGUUACUAUUUGAAGCGGUUCGAAAAGCCAAGGACGCCGCCGGAGUACGGAGCCGUUUCAGUAAUAUCUACCCCGACGUCAAGCAAAAUCGAUCAGAUUUGCUCAAGGCAACGGGAGCUCAGAUGGCAAAGUACAUGCAGGAGAACUUCGCGUACGAUUUCCAAAUGUAUCCUGCGCAGCGUUACGUCAAAGAUCAGUGCAUUUUGUUUAUGCAACACAUUAUGUGGAACUGCUCUCGCAAUACGAUGACCGUUCAGGAACUACGCGAGGGCUUAGAAAACCUUCACAGCCUUUUGUAUAUUCUGAGUACGAAAGACAUCGCGGCAUUCCGGACACUGGUGGCUGACCUCCUCCUAAUCAUCCCGAUGAUGAAAGACCUUAUUAACGAAGCGGAAAGAUUCGCCGAAUGCAAACCAACCGACUGGGACGAAGUUGCGAGAUUCAUUAAGCAAGAAUCUGAAAUGGUAACAUUGGAUGCCGAGUAUAUCACAGCAAAGGUCGCCUAUUUUAGUUUGGAUCGUCUACUCGGUGCUGGGGGUUUUGGGGCAGUCUACAAAGCGUCCAUGGGAGAAAGUGCUUGCGUCGUCAAAUUUGUACCUACCACGGCAAUUCCGUCGUUGUCAGCUGCAGUCGCAGACAAGACCGUCGCAUGCAUGAUCAAUCACCCCUGUUUAGUCAAGUACUACGCGUGUUUCCUUGUCAAAGGGGCGUACGUUACCGCCAUGGAAUAUAUUCGUGGUGUUGAUAUUAUCCGUCUUCUAAAACUAAGUACUCGUCUCUCUGAAAAUUUUGUCAAAGUCAUUAUUUCUCAGCUUGGACUCGCUCUUAUCCAUAUGCACCGCAAAGGCUUUAUUCAUCGAGACGUGAAGCCGGCAAAUAUGAUGAUCACGUUCGGAUGCCGGGUGAAGUUGAUCGAUUUUGAUACAGCCCGAGUUUGCGUCGGCAAAUACAAUUCGCAGAAGAUGUGGAGCUGGCUUCAGAAAACUGCCAAAGAAUUUGAAGGAACCGAGAUGGCUGGCACCCUUCCUUACAUGGCUCCGGAGAUGUUCACGAAUGCUGGUUUCGGGCGAGCGCUUGACUGGUGGUCGAUGGGUGUGACAACUUACGAACUUGUCACAGGGAAACUUCCUUUCGCUCUUCGCAGAAACGUUGAGCACAUGAAGGCAGUUAUAAUUUCUGGAAAGUACGAGUGGCCCAAAUAUCAGCGUUAUUCCAGAGAAAUUAGGGAUCUCGUUGCGCACUGCCUUAACGCCAAGGCUAAAGAUCGAUUAUGUUCGAGAUCUUACCAUGAAUUCCUUCGGCACCCAUUCUUUCUGGGUCAGGAUUGGUAUUGGGUCCAGACAGCUAAUACAUUAAUGCAGUUUGAUCCCGUCACGUUUGUGACAGCCCGACAGUCCCGUACAGAUCUUAUAACCGGCAGUGAAUCGCCACAGGCAUCACCUACUGCUGAUUGGAAACGAAUGCGUUUAUUCGGGUCGAACCAGUUUGAGGAUACUACAGAAGAGCAGCAAUUGUUUACUUAUUCAUCACCUGGCUUCAUUCGUGCGUACAAACUCAUUCUCAAUGGCGAGGUUUUGGUUGUCGAAAGGAAGUCCUGCCAUAGUGACGUAUUUGGUCUCGACAAAUGUCUCUCGGCUGAUUUCAAUAGGUAAUAUGAAAUGGCACCAAGUACUGUGGGUCCCGAUGUGGGUUUGCACCCUAUGUGGGUUACAAUCAUCAAAAAUAGCAGAACUAUUUGCUGCAAGGGACGCAUUUUAAUUAAGCGAAGCAGGAUCUCUGCUAGGAAUAUAAUAACACAAUUCAGCUUAA